AUGACAUUUUCUUACUUAAAUUCAAUACCAAUUCAAUCUAAUUUUGACUUAAAUGAUAUUUAUUUAAAUGAUGAUAAAGAAGUUUAUUUCGUAUCUAAUGGUAGUUUAUUUAGUUAUUUAAAUAAGUUAAGAGAAAUUGAUUCUUGUGAAAGUGAUAUUGUUAAAUUUAGAUUUUAUAAUGAUAAUGCUGUGUUAGUUAGUGAAAGUAGAAUUUAUUUUAAUUUUGGUAGUUUGAAACGAAUGACUACUGCUUUUGAUCUUUGUGAAAAUUUAUUUGCUUUGGGUACUAAAGAUGAUUUUACUUUAGAAGUUUGGUCAAUUCCUGAUCAAUAUAAGUUUACUUUAUUUGAUAGAGUUUUAAAGAUUAAUAAGCAUACUAGUAUGAUUAAUUGUGUUAAGAUUUAUCAAAAUUUUAUAUUAUCUUCAGGACUUGAUAGAAGUAUAUUUUUAACCGACAUUAACACUGGAAAUUCAAAUUUGAUUUGGAAGAGUAAAGAUUUACCUGUUUAUGUUAAUUUUAUUAAUAAAGAAAUUGAAAGUUCUGAUUUAAAGAUUGUUCAAAUUGAAAAAGAAAAAGUUGAUUUCAAAUUGAUAGAAAAUAAAAAAAAGUAUAUUAAUUGUCUUGACGUAGAUGAUUUAGAAUGUGUUGUUGUAACUGAAAAAAGUAUAAUUAAAAUUAAAAAAGUUUUUAAUAGGAAAAAUAAUGAUGAAAAUAUCAAUUUUUUAAAUUUUAAGGGAAAGAUCAUUUGUGCUGAUUGUAAUAAGAAUAGAAUUGUUGUCGUGUUACAACAAGAUAUUUCAAGUGAAUUGAUUUUAUUUAAUAACGAUUUAGAAGAAUUAUAUAGAGGAUUGUUAUCAGAAUCUCUUUUUAAUAUUUCUUUAAAUGAUUAUUCAGUUGCUUUGAAAUUUAAAAAUAAAAUAUCUGUUUUUGAUGUCCAAGCUGAAGCACUUAAAAAUAUACCACUACCAGUAAUUAAUGAUAUUGAUGUUAAAAAAAAUGUAUUAGGUACAGCUUGUAACGAUAAUUAUUUAAGAUUGUAUUCUAUAGAUAGUAAUAAUAGAAUUUCAUUUAAGGAAUAUUUUGAUCAAAAUUUUAAAGGUAAUUCAGCAAGUGUAAAGUUAUUUAAAAAUAGUGCAGUUAUGGUUUCAGAUAAGUUUUAUGUAUCUUUAUUUAAUGUGGAUGAUGGAAAUUGUUAUAGAUCUUAUAAUUUACCUAUUGAAAGUGAUGAAAGUAUUUUGAAAGUUGAAUUAAGCGAAGAUGGUAUUUAUGGAUUUUUUGUUACUAAAAAUAGAAUUAUCAAUGUUGAACUUAAAAAGGCUAAUAUUGUAAAUUCAAUAGUUGUAAGUAAUUUAAUUAAAGCAAUCUGUUAUAGAGAUAAUUUGUAUUAUGUUAAUUUAGAAAAUGAACUUUUUAAAUGGAAUCCAUUCUCAGACACUCUUAAUACUAUACAAAUAACUAAGAUGGUUAAAGAUUUAUAUAUUGAAGAGGGAUUAAUUGGAGUGAUGUUAACUAAGGAAAUAGAAUUUUAUAAUCUUAAUUUAAAGUUUAAUUCAUCAUUACCGAUUAUUAAUAAAAAGGAAAUUAAAAGUAUUAAAGAAGUUAAAGAAGGAUUUGAUAAGUUUAGUUUUAAUAAUAAAAACAUCAUAAUUGCUCGAGAUAAACUAAUAAGUAUUGAUAGAAAAACAUUUAAAAGGAAAGUAUUUUAUGAGUUUACUGGAGAUACAAAAAUUAUAAAGAUGAUAGCAACAAUUGAUAUGAUUUUUGUUAUUUCUAAUAAAGGAAUAAGUAUAUUUAAGAAAUCAGAAAAUAUUAUUUUACCAGUUAAUAUUAAUAUUGAAUCAAAUCCAGAUUUUAUUAAAACAGCUUUAUCAAAUAAAGAAUAUUUGAAAGCUCUUUUGGGUUCAUUAAGACUUGGUGAAGAAGAUUUAAUUGUUCGAGUAUUAAGAGAAUGUGAUAAUUUAGAAAUUUAUAAAGUAAUGGAUGAAACAUAUACAAUUGCACUGUGUAAAUUUUUAGUAAAUUACAUAGAAAAGUAUAAUUCUGAUGAAAUUUUUAUAUUUAAAAUUGUAAAUGUUUUAGUUAAAUUUAAACGUGAGUGUAUUAAUGAAUUUAAAAACCUCAAAUGUGAUUUGAAUGAAAAGUAUAAAAUUAUCAGAGAUACUUAUUUUAUGUUAAAAAGUUUAGUUAAGAAAAACGGAAUUUAA